AUGUACAGCACAUCUAUCCUCCUCGCGACAUUGACAGGCCUCGUCGUCGCACAGGACACGACAUUCAAGAAUGGCACUGGUGUUCGAUCGCUAUGGAUCCCCUUCCAAACCAUUAGUGGUACACCAUUGGCGUCCCUAGGAUCCGUCAAUCCAUCUUCAAACGCUACUGAAUAUGUGCUCUCCUGCCCAACGGCGUCGCCACAGUGCGCUUUCGCACCCAACCUCACCUUGACGGAGGGUGUCGGCUCGGCGAGAUAUGUAACUAGCAACAGUCAAGGCGCCGCAACCGUCGUCUGCACCUACACCGGUACCGAAACAGCCACGUGCUCGCAAGGUAUCCUGGAUUCAAACAGCAACAUCAUCCGCACGGAGACAACUAUCUCCGGUUCCAUGAUUGCUUUCCAGGCCGUGCAGGUUACUGCCACCCAGAAUAUCACCAGUACCUCGUCUGGUACAGCUGGCGCUAAAACUACGUCUGGUGCUUCGAGCUCUGCGACUUCGACGAGUUCUGCUGGUGUUGCGGGACAGAGCGCUGUUGCUGCACCGUGGGCUAUGGGUGGUGCGCUGGGGGCUGGGUUGAUGGCUAUUGCUGCGCUGUAA